CAAUUUCUUCGGAUUUUUUUUAGAGUGGUGUUAGCUGCGAAUGGAAGUCUGGUUUCGUCAUUUUAUGGAAAGAAACAAAUAUCAAAAGUAAAAGUGGGCUUAUUUAAAAAGGUACCAUAGUAACUUCAACAUGGAUCCACAAUGAACAAAAGACAGACAAAAUGAGUGUAGGCUUAACACAGAGUAAGGCUAUCUUGCAUACACAACAACGAUUGGACUCAAAAUGGCUGAAAACAGAUAUUCAGCUUGUAUUCUGCAUUGAUGGUUUGAGUCGGUUGUGGAAUGAAUUGGUCAAAGAUGGUGAGGUUAUUACCGAUAACACAGAGGUUAUACUGAAUCCAGCUGGAGCACCUUCCAAAAAAGGAGAAACCGGAAAGUAUUACUGUGGUUUACGUAUAUUAACGUGCAGCUGUUGUAAUGGGUCAUGUGGGCCAAAUAAUGGCUGCAAUUGUGUACCUUGCCAGAAACUCGAUCAGGAGGAGAAGGAGCGAAAGGAGGAACAGAGCGAGCUUCCACAACCGGCUGUAUCGUUCAUUGAAUCAUGGACUUGGGGGCGCCAACCAGAACCAAGUCAACUAAAGGAUUGUUUAUCAUCACUGCUGUAUGAACAGCACCAGUUGUCUUGUCAAGCAGCCCUCACCACCAUUUCCUCAAUCCACCUUCACCAGCGUUUGAUGGUGCUCAAGAGGUAUUUCAUAGCCCUCUCAAGACACAACCCUGAGCAGAUGACAAUUGCGGUGAACACCAUUCAGUCUUCAGCAGCAACUAAGCUAAUCAAACUCCCUAAGAAGAUAGCUGAGAAAGCAACCACGUCCCUGGCAAGAGUGGGUGCAAGAACUGCUUUAUCAUUUGCUUUUGCAUUUUUGCGGCGGGCCUGGCGAUCCGGUGAAGACUCUGACCUGUGCUCUGAGCUGCUACAUGAUGCCCUCGAAGCGCUACAAUCACUGCCAGAGGCCACGCUAUUUGAUGAGUCAUCAAUAUCAAGCGUAUGGUCAGAGGUUGUGGAGAAAGCUACAGACUUUCUCAAGAGUGUUGUCGUUGGAGACCUAAAUGCUUGUGCCAGUGCUAAAGGCAAUGACAUCAUCCCAGUAUAUGACCAACACAUGGCGUUAGCACUUCUACUGGAGCUAGCUAUCCAGCGGGGCACCAUGACACACCUGCUAGAUGCAGUCCUACUCCUGCUAAGACUCUGGGAUAGCGGCGGCCAGGAGCCUGACAACAGGAGCAGCUCAAGGGGUACCACUGCACCCUUGGUGCCCCUACUAAGACGAUUUCAGGGCAUACCAAAUCCAAAGAAUAAAUUCAUUGAUCAGGUCAAAGGAAAUGUAUUCACAAGUGGUGGUAUCGUAAGUCCUACUGAAUGUUUCCUUCGGUACUUGACCAUCCCCGACGACGACGACGCCUCGGUGGACCUCCGGCAGGCUGCCGUCAUUAUCACGUCCCACCUGGAUCGUCUCUGCAUGGCAUAUACGCCACCUCCUCCAAACCAAAGGACUCUGAGUUCAGCUGGCAACCAAGAGAUUUAUGGCCUAGGGCUUGUAAGGGGGUCAGGUCCUUCAGAUCAGCCGCAGCUAAUGGAGAGCAUAGCAGAGCUUGGUAUUACCCAGAUGUGUUGUACGGAAAGAUGCCUACUGCUGUUGAGUAGAACAGGAAAAGUAUAUGAACAAAUGCCAAAUGAGGACACAAAAUUGGUGGAAGGUCUGCAAGAUGUUUCCGUAGUCCAGAUAGCUGGGCACCCUGAAGGGCGUCACUGCCUGGCACUAUCCUCAGAUGGCCUUGUGUACUCCUGGGGCAAUGGAGAUGGUGGGAGGCUAGGACAUGGGAACAUCAAUUCCUAUGAACGUCCAACAUUGAUUACAUCUUUGCCAACCAAACAGUCUGGGAGACAGAUAGUACAAGUCGUCUGUGGAAAGAACUACAGUGCAGCAGUUACCAUUUCGGGGGAAUUGUUCACAUGGGGAAGGGGAAAUUUUGGCCGACUAGGACAUGGUAAUGAUGAUGAGCAGACGACUCCAACUGUUGUAGCAAGUUUGAAAGGUCACACUGUCACCUACGUUGCUUGUGGAACGGGAGAUUCUCACACACUUAUUGUAACAGACAAAGGAACUGUGUAUUCAUGUGGAGAUGGUGACUUUGGUAAACUAGGACAUGGUAACAAUGAGUCCCUUAAAGUGCCCAAAAUGAUUGACAAGCUCAGAGGUCAAGAGGUCACUAAAGUUUAUUGUGGUCAUCAUUAUUCAGCUGCAAUUACUAAAUCUGGAUACUUAUUCACUUGGGGAAAAGGCGAUGGGUACAGGCUAGGUCACAGCAACGAGGAACACCAGCGCUACCCAAAGAUGGUUGAAGGACUAUAUGGAAAGAAGGUCAUUGACCUGAGCAUUGGUCAAACACAUACACUUGUGUUAAUUGAUACUGGGCAGAUAUUCGGCUGGGGUAGAAAUGAUCAAGGACAAUUGGGGGAAUGCUCAGACCAGUACCACAAAGAACCGGUUCUCAUGUCAGCAUUUGAGGGCAGAAGCAUCACAGGAAUAUCUUCUGGCAAUGCACAGAGUUAUGCUUGGACAUCCAGUGGAAACUGGUCGAUUCCAUUACGGGUGCCAUUCAUCACCCAUGUGACAAGGAGCACAUUCGAACAGCUGGAUUUACUACUGCAGCGUGUAUGUGAAGGCCUUGAGGGUCACAGUGAUUGGCCCCCACCCCAGGAGAAAGAAUGCAUGGCAGUUGCAGGCCUAAAUGUUCUCAGGUUGCAGCUUCAUUCAGCAAUAUCCCAGCAGGAAGAUGCUGACAAGCUAGGCCUAGGUCUAGGAGGACCUUUGCUCUCAAGCCUCAAGCAAAGAGUGGUCGACUUGGCUAGUAAUGCUGGUGUGAUAGUCACAGUACAGAGCGCCGCUCAGGCUACCCUGCAGAGCGGGUGGUCCAUGCUUUUACCCACUGCAGAAGAAAGAGCUCGGGCUUUGUCUGCACUGCUACCGAGUGGAGGAGGAGAAACGGUUACGAUGACGCCAGGCCGGCGUUUCAUGAUGGAUCUACUGGUGAGCAGUCUGAUGGCUGAUGGCGGCCUAGAAUCUGCACUGUAUGCUGCCAUUCGUACAGAAAUGAAAGACCUGGAGAGUAUGAAGGAAAAAGAGAUAGCAGAGGAGGCCAAAGAGGGUGACACGUCCGAGGGAAGGAAGAUGAGGACCAGAGGUGUCGAGGAGGGGGGACAUGAGGAGAUCUGUACAAGUAUACCUUUACUGCAAUUAGUGCAACAGCUGCUCAGGAAUGCAUCUUCAAUAACCUUAUCCAAACUACGAGAAUUGAGUUCAGAUUUGAGUAAGAGUGACGCUCCAAACAUGAUGAAGAAUGAGAAGUCUGCUUCGCUUGAACUUUUACUGAAAUUCCAGAGACUUCUUGUUAGCUUCCUAUUUCCAAAUGAAAAAGAACAUAGAGCAAGUAGACAUAUAGUGGAUCCUGAAUUACUUGGUGCUGGCUCAUUACUACGUAAAUAUAUAGCUUUGUUGUGCUCUCACAUUAAUGACAUCAUGCCUGUGGCCUCCAGUUUAGCAGGUCAAAGUUGCAAGCAUUUUGCAGUCGUUGCUAGAGUUGUAGAAUCAGAUUUAUCUGGAGUACUGUUGCCGGAGUUAGUAAGCUGCGUGCUGUUGCUUGAGAUUCACACGUCGCUGGUGAUGCAUUACUCAGAGGCAGUACCGCUCCUAGGCAACAUGCUGGACACUCUAGACAGAUUCAACCUCUUAGCACCGGGAGUCAAUAAGGAAGAUAAAAAUGACUUAGAUUGGCCGGGAAUACCAGUUGGUUCUACAGCACCUACUAACAAUGCCCCAUACAACAUGGAAGAAGUGCAGUUGAUCAGGAAAGCUGACCUGGAGAACCACAACAAAGAUGGCGGCCUGUGGGUGGUUAUCCAUGGCAAGGUGUACGACUUGAAGGACUUCCAGACGGAUGCACCCUGUGGCAGUGAGUGCUUACUCACAUUAGCAGCUCAAGAUGCUACUGAAGCAUUUGUUGCUGCCAACCAUUCUGCAGAAGCUCAGAACCAACUUCAAAGAUUUUUUGUGGGAGUCUACCUUCAACCUGAGCAAGAUGUUGUUGCUAGUAAGGACAUCAGUUCCAUAUCGUCUCCUUUGAUUGACACCGAACGAACUUUAGCAGUUCUCCUUGGACUCCAUUGCAACCACCAGAUGCAUAGCUUUCCACUUACACCUAAUGAGCUUGAAUGUCGGAAGUGGCUUGAUUCUGAGCUUUUUAGUGGUGGGAUCCAGUUGAUUCCUCCACCACCAAGCUCCAUGCCAGAGGAUGAUGACACAUCCAGAGCAUCAGGAGGAGAGCCAGGUGAUGGUUAUAUCCAGGAAUCCAAUGACAAAAGCUUUGCACGGUCAUCGUCUUUAGCAGACACUGCACGACCAUUUAUUCAAGCGCUGGCUGACUCCCGAUUAAAUGAUCCUUAUGUGAGGUCUUUCUUAGCUUGUUGCGAACGAUACUGUAAAAAUCACCAUUUAGUUGCACCUAUUACGUUUGCUGUUGACCAUCCGGUAGAGGAGGUUGGCCGUUUGUUGACCGCUUGCAUUUUAAAGCACCAUGACCUUGGUCAUGCAUCACUGGCGAUUAUUGAUCCACAUCAUGGACAGACCGAGAGCACCCUCCAUACAAGACCGCUUCCAAAAUCCAUUGCAGAAAUCUGUAGAGUUGUCUACAAUGCCAAGAAGACACUCAUAAAGAUCCACCAAGAUAGUGGCCAGUCUUACGAAGAUGUGUGCUCUCCAGUGAUAGCUCGCUGCAAGUUCCUGUUCACUGAACUGCGACCAGCAGUCGGAAACGAAGUUUCAGCCCUCACUAGGUUAAAGAUCCUAAUCACUGCUCCACGAUGGAAGAGGAUCGUAUCGAGGAUGAUACGGGAAAGAAGAUCCAGAACCUCAUCAACAACAGAGGGUUCUAAAAAAGAAGAAUCAAAGGGGGAAGAACACAAAGAGGAGGAUCCUGUAGAUUCAACAGCUGAAGGAGAAUUUAAAGUAUUUGCUAAGAAAUCUCGACAACUGUUAAGCACAAGUGAUAAGGAUUCGUGGAAGUCGAUUGCUAGCACAAUAACCAGUGCUAGAAAGUUUCGCUGGUUGAGACAACGAAUGACAGGUGCCAGCACACAGCCUGCCCUCAUCAAUAAAAUAAUCGAAUUCGCUCUCAAUGACGAUAAUAUUGAAAUUGAAAAAUUUAGAAAGGCUUUACACAACCAGAUGGAAAGAGCAGAUCAUCGGUUGAAGGGUGCUGAAGCAAUGUUGCGGCUGCUGGGUAAGGAGUACUUGGUACAAUCUGUACGCUAUGCAAUGCUUUGUGGGUGGCAAGGAUUAGUGGCAAUGGACAAGAUUAGUUGUACCUCGCCAAUGUCCAAUCCAUUGACUAAUGUCAACUUAAUCCCUCCAUAUGACCGAGUAAUUCUAGAAUCAACGUUUUCCAAGCUUAAUGCUUGGAGCAUAGACACUCUACGGAAGCAUGUUCUAGCAGCUGAAGCCCAGCUAAAGACUUCCUCUGAAACAACCUCUAAUGAUGCCAGAUCCAUUGGAUUCUUACCACAAGCAAGAUUCCUUCUGGCAUCUCUAGGACUCCUUACUGGAGACCAUCUUCCAAAUGGUGUCAGUUUGUUGUUGAACUCUGGAGUGCUUGCUCUUACUCAAACCAUACUCAGACUCAUAGGCCCUGAAGAGACUGAAGAAGAAGAUGACACCUUAAGUGUUGCAACAGUGUAUGAGGAGACCAGAACAUGUGCCCAGCCUGCACCAAUACCUACCAGCGGACCAGAACUAGCAUCCCUCAUGAAGAUUGGCACCAGAGUCAUCAGGGGACAAGAUUGGAAAUGGGGAGAUCAGGAUGGACCACCACCCAGUCAGGGUCGAGUGAUAGGCGAGCUUGGAGAAGAUGGCUGGAUACGUGUACAAUGGGACACAGGGAGCACCAAUUCCUAUCGGAUGGGAAAAGAAGGAAAGUAUGACCUGAAGCUUGCGGAACCACCUCUCAUUAUGGACAACAUGGAGGAGGACAAGGAAGUGGACAUUGAUCCAGGUGCUAAACAUAGAGAUGAGAGUGCCCAUCCGUCAUCCCUGCUACGUCGGUCUUGCAUUUGUCUUCUACGUUCUCUCGCUGUAUCUUGUGGAUUGCAUGGCGAAUCCAUGCAGAAGAAUGCUAUCAGUACAAUAAGUGGAUUGUUGCACAGGAUUGUGCAGACAGGAACUACGCUACAGUCCAAAUCCUUUGGUUGUGGUAUGACAGUAGGUGCUGAGAGUACAAGUAAUGUCAUAGGACACCAGUACAGUGAAUGGUCCACCUUAGGCUUCAUAUGUGGAAUAGCAUCAAACCAGAGGAUGUGCCACUCAUUGAGCACUGCUCAGUGGGUUACGCUGUUGCUGAAUGUUAUUGGUAGUGAGGAAAUAAGUGGUGAAACACUUCCACGACAGAUCAUGUCUUUACGUUUGUUACGCUGGGUGCUUCCAUCAUGGAAAGAUUGUGAAGAGCCAGAAAGAAUGCAGGAACUGGUCGAUUUGCUUUUCUCGUUACUAGGCAAAGUUCUACUAGCAUGUUGCUCGGACCCAAUGUUUACACAAGGAGACAUAAGGAAGAGUAAGAAGGUCCGCAGUAAGACAUCUUUGACAGCUUCUUUUGCGAGCACCAUCGCUGAAGAGAUCAUAGUGUUGUUAAGGAUUCUGCAUGACCUUGACACCUGGAAUUCCCUCAUCAAUUCCUACAUAUAUCAUCAACUUCAACUUGUUAGAGACCUUGUUAUUGAUACCUCUCAGGAUGGAGAUGAUGAGACCGACACUCAAAUCAAACAGGGACGUGUGAUGGCGGUGUUGUGUGUAAUUGGUGGCAUGGAUAAACGGCCACGUCUAGGUGGUUUGGUACAGCAUGCGGAACAUGGUCAAGGCACACUGGCUGGUAUAUCAGCCAAUGGCAGACUGACCAUUCAGUUUGACGGUCAACAUGUGUUGAAGGUCUGCAGACUAUCAUCUGUUACACCGAUUCCUGUAAUGCUGUUCAGUGUUGAGAAGUUGCCCUUGGUUGACAGUGCCCUACAGACAUGGGCUUCCUUGAUUAGCUUGGCAAGCCAUGGCUUCAAGAUUAACAAGAGCAUACAGAAGACCAGGAUACCAAGCAACAGCCUACCUCCAAUCCUAGAUAAUGUACUUAUGAAACAAUUGAGAACACAAGAGAUCAGGUUGUAUCUAUUGCAAGCUGCAAGAACAUUGUUCCGCCACCAGCAGAACUUGAGGCCGCUAUUAUCUGUUAAAUCUGGAGGGCUUCUGGCCUCAAGUGAUGGCAGCUCACCAGAGGCCACAACAUCUGACACAUCUUUGCUCCAACAAUUGAUGGUCACAGCUACCCAGCCUUCACCAAUCAAAGCUUUGUUUGACAGACAAGAACUAGAGUCUGCAGCGCUUGCGGUCUGUCAGCACUUGGUUGCAGAAGCUCGUUAUCCAUCUCAUAUGACGUCCUCCCCAGAGAACCGGUCACCCUCUACACCCUCUCCAGUUGCGGCAUCCGCUGGUUCUGCCGCCAGACCUGCUGGUGACAAGCCAACAGGAGCUGUCACAAAGCCUAAGAAGGUGAAACCAGCGCAGCCUCCUCCAUCGCUGCUUGUUCUUCAGGUCAUGGAAAUGGGAUUUCCUAGAUUGAAUGUCGAGUUUGCAGUUCAGUCACUUGGCGUGUUGUCUGAAAACAGUCCUAGUGUCCAAGCUAUCGUGAACUGGCUUGUGGAUCAUCCAGAUGUACAGAUACCUGACUUGAGCGAAGAGGAGGAAGAAGAGGAAGAGAACGAGGAGGAAGAGGAGUCAAUUAGUGAUGAGCAUUAUGAAACUGAAAUUGAAGAUGAAGAGGAUGACUUGAAUGAUAAAUGCAUAUUUAAUGCGGGUUCAGCUUCUGAAGGAAAAGCUUUUAAGAAACGCAGUGAUUUCCUUAGCAACGAUGAUUAUGCUUUGUACAUCCGUGAGAAUAUUCAAGUUGGUAUGACGAUACGCUGUUGCCGUACUUAUGAAGAAGUUCGAGAAGGGGAUAUUGGUAAAGUUGUGAAGUUGGACCGGGAUGGACUCCAUGAUCUGAAUGUUCAAGGAGACUGGCAGAUCAAAGGAGGAACUUACUGGGUACGCUACAUCCACGUGGAGCUGCUAGGACUGCAAGCAAAAGGCAUACCCGGUACAAACAUCAAGAUAGGGGACAGAGUGCGUGUGAGAAGGGUAAUUGCUUCCCCCAAGUAUCGAUGGGGUUCCGUUACACACCAGAGUAUUGGUACAAUUACAGGUGAACAUCAUAUUAUUGACUCUGAUAUUCCCUGUGGCAUUGAUAACAUUAAUGGCUUCAGUGCUGAUGGAAAGGACGUGACCGUAAACUUUCCGCAACAACCGCAUUGGACCGGAUUAGUCUCAGAAAUGGAGCUCGUUCCUUGUGUUCAUCAAAAUGUUACAUGUGAUGGUUGUCAAAUGUCACCACUCACAGGUUGUCGCUACAAGUGUCGUAUCUGCGCAGAUUUUGAUUACUGUGAGAAAUGCUACCGAUCCAAGCGAUGCCAUCGCCACACAUUCAUGCGUAUGGCUGUACCAGGAGCCACACCUGUGAACGUUGGCAGGCCAGGCCGCAGUAAACGACGGAGCUCCACAGUUGGGACGCUCAUAGAAGAGUGGUCCAAGUGUGUGAAGAAUAUUACAGUUUCGUCUAAAGAGGGCCAGUUGUCAAGGCUUGUGGAUGGUAACCAGGCAACUUACUGGCAAAGUUCAGGCUCCCAAGGAAAACACUGGAUACACCUGGAGAUGCAGCCAGACAUCCUAGUGCAUCGCCUUCGGAUGCAGGUGGAUCCUGCUGACAGCAGCUACCAACCAUCCCUCAUCAUCUUAAGUGGAGGUGAGAGUAUCACAAGCCUGCAAGAGAUUAAGACUGUCAAAGUUGGCCCAGUGGAGUCUGCAGUUACACUCCUUUCAGAUGUUAAUGAGUAUUACCGCUAUAUUGAGAUUGCCAUUCGACAAUGUAAGAGCAGUGGUAUUGACUGCAAAGUUCAUGGGCUGACCAUCACCGGUAGAAUGAGGACGGAGGAUGAUGACAUUGCUGCCAAUUUCUCCUUCAUAGCCUCCGACAAUGAGGAAGAUGUUGAUGAAGAGGGCAAAGGUGGUACCCAGAAUUCCUUGAGACUUCGUAGCAACACUGCCGGCCCUGAGAUCCAUACCAAAGUGUUUGUGUGGGGGUUGAAUGACAAGGACCAACUGGGAGGUCCAAAAGGAUCAAAGAUUAAGACACCUGUGUUGAAUGAAGCCCUCUCUGGGUUAAGAGUUGUCCAGAUCGCCGGUGGUUCCAAGAGUCUGUUUGUAGUAACGGCAGAGGGCAAGGUGUUUGCUUGUGGUGAAGGAACAAAUGGUCGUCUUGGACUUGGAAGCUCCAGUAAUGUGUCUAUACCUAAACAACUGACCUCCCUAAGCCAAUAUCAAGUUAAGAAGGUCGCUGUGCACUCUGGUGGACGACAUGCAAUGGUUUUGACUACUGAUGGUAAAGUGUUCUCAUGGGGUGAGGGAGAUGAUGGCAAACUCGGACAUUUCAGUCGCAUGAAUGUGGACAAACCUAAAUUGAUAGAUGCCUUAAAGACCAAGCGCAUCCGAGACAUUGCAUGCGGGAGCUCCCACAGUGCUGCAGUCACCAGUAACGGUGAUCUGUACACAUGGGGCUUAGGGGAAUAUGGACGCCUAGGUCAUGGUGAUAAUACAACGCAACUAAGGCCAAAACAGGUAAAGAGAAGAAGGAUCUAUGAUCCUAGGGGAAAAGGUGAUUAUUUCCGCCUUGGUCAUGGAACCGAUGCGCAUGUACGCAAGCCUCAGAUUGUGGAAAGUCUCAAAGGAAAGAAGAUUGUGCACGUAGCUGUCGGUGCACUGCACUGCUUAGCUGUUACCGAUACAGGACAGGUUUUUGCUUGGGGAGACAAUGACCAUGGACAGCAGGGUAACGGUACCACCACUGUCAAUAAGAAGACUGCCCUCGUGCAGGGGUUGGAAGGCGUUCGUAUAACGCGUGUUGCUUGUGGAUCGUCCCACAGUGUAGCCUGGUCAACAACAGAUGCCUCUGUGCCCCUAAUGCAUGAACCUGUCCUGUUUAGUACACCGAGAGAUCCUCUGGGGGCUUCAGAAUUAGGAGUUUCUACUGAGCUUGGACAUCCAUCUAGUCCUGAUGGUCAAGUACCGUCCAACUUAGGCAAGCAUCGCCCCUCCCUGGCUAAGAUCAUCCUAUCCUUGGACAGCAAUGCCGCCAAGCAGCAGGCAUUGAACUACAUCCUGACAGCCUUACAGAUCACAUAUGCCAGAGAUGCUGUAGUUGGCUCGCUCUUGUCUGGCUCUGCUGCCGUGAUUGCAGAUGCACAGUCUUUAUGCGGGUCAUUGAGUCCUGCUGAUAGCCUGGUGUCGACCUCUACCGUACCACUUGAACUACCGGAGCUCCUGCUCACUGGCAGUGAUUCCACCGCAGUUCUUGAGGAGCUUGAAGAGAAUGAAAGUCAUAGUCAUGCUGCCGGAGGUCACAGUUCACAUUCAGAGGUCAAGAAAUCUACAACAAACCUUGUUGCAGAAACUAUCACAAGUGCAGAAGAAGUGACAAGUCCCGGGGAGCAAGAUGCUCGCGCAGCUGCUCCUGGCCUUGAUGACUUCACGAGUCAGCUUGUGCCGCAGGACGCACGUUUACUGGUCAACAUUCUUAAGCUGGCUGUGGCAAACCGCGCUGGAGAGUGGACAAAGCAAGCAGUUGCUGAUGUGUUGGCAGCAAUGGCCAAUGCCUACCCAUUGGUGGCUGAAAUGUUAUUGGAAUUAUGUGUAACGGAGUUAGAAGAUGUUGCAUGCGAUACUGAAACAGGCCGCCUAGCUAUUCAACCAGUGGUACAAGAAAGCCACCACCCAUAUGCAGACGACACCACAACCACAGGUCACGUUAAAAUACCAGGAGCUGAAGCUCUACGUGUUGAAUUUGACCGCCAGUGCUCAACAGAAAGAAGGCACGACCCGUUGACCAUCAUGGAUGGUGCUGGACGUACAGUGUCCACUAGAUCAGGUCGUGAAUGGAACGAUUGGUCUCCAGAGCUACGCAUCGUUGGUGAUGACUUGAAGUGGAAGUUCACGACGGAUGGCUCUGUGAAUGGAUGGGGCUGGCGGUUCACGGUGUUUCCUAUCAUGCCUGCCGCUGCACCUAAGCAUUUGCUGUCUGAUCGACGCGUCCUUUCACAGCCGUCCAUUGAACUGGUGCAGUGUCUACUGGACUUUCAUCUGGAAGAGAAUGCUGGCAAUCAGAUUAUAUACCGACUAGCUGCUGCCCUCGCAGCCUGCGGACAACUCAGCUCACUUGGAGCUAAUCAAAGGAUGUGGGCAUUGCAACGGUUGAGGAAGUUGAUAGCGUCUGAGUUUGGAACCACUCUGAAUGUGGACACCAUAUUAGGACACCAUGUCACAGACGACGUAGCUGGCGCUUACAAUGCUUUUAGUGGAACAGCUCUUGCAGCCCUAGUGAAAGGCCUUCCUGAUGCCCUUCAUAGACAGUAUGACUAUGAAGAUCCUAUAACCAGAGGAGGUAAACACUUACUACAUAGUCCAUUCUUUAAGUUUACUGUCUAUUUUGUGAAAGCGUAUCGUGUUAUAGAUGUAGCGUGUGGGAGUGGUGAUGCUCAGACCCUGUGCUUGACUGAUGAUGAUUGCGUCUGGUCUUGGGGUGAUGGGGACUAUGGCAAACUAGGCCGUGGUGGCAGUGAUGGGUGCAAGACACCACAGAAGGUUGAAGGAUUAUUGCGCUUAGGCGUGUGUAAAGUAGAAUGCGGCUCACAGUUUUCUGUAGCCCUUACAAAGGCUGGAGCUGUACAUACCUGGGGAAAAGGAGAUUAUCAUCGUUUGGGUCAUGGAACUGAUGAGCAUGUGAGGCGCCCUCGUAAGGUUGCUGCAUUACAGGGCAAGAAAGUGAUUGCCAUAGCAACUGGAUCGCUGCAUUGUGUUGCUUGUACAGACAAAGGUGAAGUAUUUACAUGGGGUGACAAUGACGAAGGUCAGCUUGGUGACAGCACCACCAAUGCGAUUCAGAGACCACGACUUGUGUCGGCAUUACAAGGGAAGAAAAUGACAAAUGUAGCAUGUGGAUCGGCCCACACCAUUGCCUGGUCUACAAGCAAGCCAGUCAAUGCUGGAAAGAUGCCCUCCGUUGUACCCAUGGAAUACAACCUACUAAAAGACAUUGACAUUGUUGUACUGCGCAACCGACUCGUCCUGCUUUACCACUUCUCUGAACUCUUCUGCCCUUCAAUAUCCAUGUUUGAUUUGCAUAGUAAGCUAAAAGCUGGCCCUAGUGUUAACUGUGACUCUUUUGACAUGAUUGGUAUUGACUCACUCAGAGGACUAUUGGUCUCGUCUGGAAAGGAAGCAGCCUUCCGUAAGGUAGUUCAGGCAACGAUGAUGAGAGAUCGACAGCAUGGUCUCGUAAUCGAGCUGAACAGAAUCCAAGUGAAGCGGUCUAGGAGUAAAGGAGGCCUAGCAGGUCCUGAUGGCUGCAAGUCAGUGUUUGGUCAGAUGUGUAGCAAACUCAGUCAGUUUGGACCUGAAAGUUUACUGCUGCCUCAUCGUGUGUGGAAAGUCAAGUUCAUAGGCGAAAGUGUAGAUGACUGUGGUGGAGGUUACAGCGAGUCUAUAGCUGAGAUGUGCGAUGAAUUGCAGAAUGGCUCGGUACCAUUGUUGAUUAUUACUCCGAACGGUCGAGAUGAACUAGGUGCUAAUAGAGACUGCUUCCUUCUAAACCCCAUGUGUAAAUCUGCAAUCCAUCAGAAUAUGUUUCGCUUCUUUGGUGUUUUGAUGGGAAUUGCUAUUCGUACUGGUAGCCCAUUAAGCAUAUCCUUAGCUGAGCCUGUAUGGAAGCAGCUAGCUGGCAUGGCCCUCACUGUCGCAGAUCUUACGGAACUAGACAAGGAUUAUGUACCAGUUGUGUAUGUAUUUUUAAUUUGUAGAUUACAUGAGUUUGAUGAGCAAGUACAGUGGGUGAGGGAGGGUAUGGCAAGAGUUGUUCCUGUCCCACUGCUAUCUCUGUUCACCGGCUUCGAGCUAGAAACAAUGGUAUGUGGUAGUCCAGACAUUCCGCUUCACCUCCUCAAGUCUGUCGCUACGUACAAAGGCAUUGAUGGUUCCUCACCAUUGGUCCAUUGGUUCUGGGAGGUCAUGGAAGAGUUCACCAACAACGAGAGGUCGCUGUUCCUGCGGUUUGUCUGGGGGAGAACGCGGUUACCAAGAACCAUUGCAGAUUUUCGUGGUCGUGAUUUUGUUCUACAGGUACUUGAUAAAUACAACCCUCCUGAUCAUUUCAUGCCGGAAUCGUACACUUGUUUCUUCUUGCUCAAAAUGCCUCGUUAUUCCUGUAAAGUCAUCCUGCGAGAAAAACUGAAAUACGCCAUUCACUUCUGCAAGUCCAUCGACACAGAUGAUUAUGCCAGGAUCGCACUGAGCGGUGAUCCUGUCGGAGAUGUAUCUUGCGACGACACCGAUGAAUGUGAUUUGGACUUAGUGGACAUCGAGACGUCUGAUGCCUCGGAAGUUGAUAGCUUUUAAAGUGUGAUGAUUGUUUCAUGUGCAAUAGUGGAACUGUUUUUAGAGACCGCAAUUGUUUUGUAGUUUCAUAAACAGCUAUAAAUGCAUUAAUUUAACCACUGACAAUUUACUGAUCAAAGUAUAUGUUUAUUUUAAUGUCAUAUUUUUUAUAUAAAGAUGUGCUUGAUAAUUGUGCAAUGUUCAGUUGUUUGCACAGCAAUAGAACAUGUUGACCAGUGGGUAGCUGAAAGCUUUCUGUAUGUCCACAGUUUGUUAUCUAUAUGUCCCCAGUUGGCUAUGCAUAGGCACAUGAUUCACAGUACCAAUAGUACCACAAUUUUCUAUUUAUAGGUCCACAGUUUGAAUAUACUUUAUAAUUUCACAGUUGUACUUUAAAUAUUAUUAAAAUAUUAUAAGGAUAAUAUAAUAUUAUAUAAUUAUCAUAAAAGGAGUUCAAGUAUUAUGAUAAAUUUGUAACAGGAUUGAACGAUAGGAUUUUCUUCCAAUGGUUUAUCAGUGCACAGUUGGCUGAUUAUAGGUCCAUGUUGGAAAAUUUAAUUGUGGGUAAUUAUUUCUACUUAAUUCCUGAUCUCUAGUAUGUGAAGAGAAUGGUGCAAACUAUAUAUAUCUGAAUUUUCUUCAUCAUUUUUAUUAGUAUUUUUAUUCUCCAAAUGGAUUUAUAUAAGAUAUCUUUGUGGAUAACAUUGUUACUUUGUACAUAACCAACUGAAGUUAACUUGUGUAAGUUAUUUAACCUGUAUAAAUGAAGAGAGAAGUAAAUUUGGUUUGUAUCUGUGUUGCAUAUGUGAAAGGUAAGUUUUAAUUUAAUUGUAUUAUAUAAGUGAAUGACACAUUAUGAAUUUAGUGAAUAAUGUGUAAUAAGAAUACAGUACAGUAAUAGUAAUGUUAUAUUUGUAUAGUGCAUUAUGCUAUGGUUUCUAUGCGCUUUAUAUGAACAGAAAAGAAAAAAAAAAUAGCAAAUACUUUUGUUUUGAUGAAUGUUGAUAAACAUACUAGUAUGUGUGUAAAUAAAUAAAACAUUAAUACCAUUAAAAAUGAUCAAAUAUAAGCUUGUGUGUGUUUACAUAUAACUUUUUGCUAUAUAGUUUGUAACCUGAUUAUGUAUCAUUAAACGUGUAGACUCGUCAUAUGAAUGAGAUACUUAUUACUGUAGUAUAUCAUACAUGCCACAAAUACACAUACAAAUUAUAUUACAUAAAUUAGCUGAUGAUUAUUUAUUUAUUGAAUUUCAAUUUAUUGAAAGUAUGCAUUCUAAAUCAUAAAGAAUUUAUUUUUGUUGCUAUGUACACAGUGUAAUAUUCCGUACUUGUUUAGUAUUCAGAAAGUCUGAUAUAUAAUUAUGAUUGUUGUUUUUAUUUACAAUAAUAAAAAAAUGUUCAUGGUUGUUUAUAGGUACAUAAUUGGCUAUCUAUUUGUCCAUAUAUGGAGUUUUUUUUUCUCACAUUAACAACUUGUGUAAGGUGUGAAAGACUAUUAAUAGUAUUGUUUUUUAUUGUUGUUAUUAUUAUUUUUUUAUUGGCAAUAUUUGAAUAGAUAAAUUAGAUAUUGAAUUUGUUCUUCCAAAUAGUGUUUUAAGGUAAAAAAUGCUGGCAUAGAAAAAUGGCAAGUAUUCACUUGGUAUGUGUAUAUUUUCGAAGUGUCUCGUCAUUGUAGAUAAUUAUCUUUAUAAAGUAUUGUAUUAAUAUUAAAACUAUAAUUUGCUAACGCAUUGUGUAAUAAUUGAUUACUGCCUGAAUAUGUUUAUGACAGGCUAUCUCUCCGCAUAAUUUUGUUAUCUCCUGAAAUACUGAAACGGAAAUUAGAAAAAGACUACAAUAUCAAAGAUUACGAAAUUAAAUUUAUCAUCAUCAUCGUCGUUAUUCAUGAUGAUAGACCGUUGGUUGCUUGUUCAGUUUUUAUUAAACUUAACACAGUACAAUGCAAACAUUAAUUGGUGUUAAAUAAGUAAGUUAAAACUUAAAAAGAUUAAUAUACAGUAAAUAACAAAAUAACUAAAAUAAAUAAAAACAGCCUAUUGUUUCAUCUUGUUUGUAGGUAAAAAAAAAAUGUUUAGCGCUGUCUAGGUUGUGUAUAUCAUGUCAUGUUUUCUUUAUUUGGGGAAGAUUUGCUAAAUAAAGAUAUGGAAAAUUAAGCUA